AUGGUGCCAAUUUCCUUUCCACCUGUUGAAACGGUAUCCUUAGAUCCUGUCAUCAUACAGGCUCGCUUGGCAAACUUCGAGGUUGGGAAAAUAUACUUAGAUAAUGGAAGCUCUACAUACAUUAUCUAUGAGCAUUGCUUCAAUAAACUCCUUCAAAGGGUUAAAGACCUCAAGCGCCCGCCUUUGGCGCCUCUAGUUGGUUUCAAUUGUGAAUCUAGUUGCCCUAUUGGAGAAGUAAGUAUGGAAGUAAUGAUGAGUGAGUACCCACUCCAUAGAAUAGAAGUUGUGGACUUCACAAUUGUUAGAGCACCUUUACCAUACAAUGUGUUGCUCGGUAGGCCAUUCAUGCAGAAAUUCAGAGUCAUAACAUCAACCAUCCAUGGGAUGGUUAAGUUCCCCACCCCAGCCGGGGUAGCCACCAUAAAGGGACGCAUGGUAUGGCCAAGGGAGUCCAAACAUGUCAAUAAGGAAAGUCCAAAAGAAGUGAAGCAUGACUUGUCAAUUGAAGUAGCAAGUCUGCCCUGA